AUGCCUUCAAUCAACGAAAUCCAACUAAUAAAACGGGGAGGUAACCAAGCUAUCGAGAUCAACCCUCCAACUGGCGUUGACUUCCAUUUGACUUCAAGUGGUUCGGAUUGGCUUUGGGCAGCCUUCUGUGUUUUCAUACUCUACUCUCUGAUCAUGCACGUCUUGAUGUUUAGAAAGCCAGUCAAGGAGAGAAUCUUCUACUACACUUCUGUGGUGCCAGCAUGGAUCAUGGCUAUCGGCUACUUCACAUGGGCAUCUAACUUGGGUUGGACUCCAAUCCAGGCCGAGUUUAACCACGUUACCGUUGAUGACCAAGAAACUCACCCAGGUUAUAGACAGAUUUUCUACGCGAAAUUUAUCGCUUGGUUCCUGGCUUUCCCAUUCCACACAAUUGCCUUGGGUCUUUUGUCCAACACACCUGGCGUCCAGACCGCGUACAACAUCUUCUUCACUGAUAUCUCAAUUCUGGGUUAUCUGUUUGGUUCCUUGGUCAAGUCAACUUACAAAUGGGGUUAUUUCACCUUUGCUGUUGCUUCCACCUUUGCCACUGCAAUUAACUUGUUCACCACUUCUAGAAGAUCAGCUUUGGAAGUUGGUAAAGACUGCCACUUCUAUUUCACUCUUUACGCUUCUGGGUUUGUCUUUAUUUGGUUGGUUUACCCAAUUGCUUGGGCCCUUGCCGAUGGUGGUAACGUUAUUCAACCAGAUUCCGAUGCUGUAUUCUACGGUGUCCUGGAUGUGAUCACUUUCGUGUUCAUUCCAGCCGUCUUCUUCUUCUUCAUUUACGAUUUCAACCUGGAACGUAUUGGUCUUAACAAGCCAGAGUUCCAAUUUGUUGCAAACAAGGAAAUAUCCACAGUUUCUGGCAGAACUUCUGGUGAGACAGUACAACACUCUGCAAGUACAACACCAGCUCCAGCACCAGCUGCUAGCCCAUAAAUUUGAUACACUUGACGUUUACCCUCUAUGGCUAUGCUAUCAGUAAUUAAGCUGACGCUGAUGUAUCUUUGAUGAUUUGAAUACAUUGACCUUUGAACAACAAAGAUGGGAGUAUUUUAUAUCACUUUUAACUUAAUUUUUAAUUAAUACAUACCCAAUUCUGAUUA